AGUAUUACAUGACAUCGAAAUAUCUGAGUAAUCCGAAUAGAGAUCCAAGAUGGCAGCUCCCAUGGAGGCACGUCUUGCAGUUCCGCGACUUUGUAAAAUGCUUGCUAGUUCCAACAAACGGUCAUAUUUAUUUAUGUUACAUGCAAGACAGAUGGGCUUUUUAGACAAGCUGAAAUUUUUACAGAAGAAAAAAGACCGUGAAAUUGAAGACGACAUUGUUUCUUUGGAAGCAAAUGAGAAACUUCAAGAAGGACAGACUAGACAGUUCAGGAAAAGAGAAUCUAUAGAAGAGAGGCCUGCCUAUCAACCUCCUGCAGAUGCUGCUAAAAGGAUUCAUGCCAUUACACAUGAUAUCUUUGGUCCAGAGAAAGACUGGUUAAACAUUCAACUUGACGAUAGAGUUCAUAAGUUUGAUUUGGUGACACGUGUAAUGGAAGAACUGGAUCACGAGGUACCAAGUGUAGAUCUUAAUGACAUAGAGACAGUAGAAGAUGUUGUAAAAUUCUUCAAUAUAGAGGUCAAGGACACUUCAGUUUUAGAGGACCUCACAAAACUGGACUUGCCAAAAAAUCUUCACAUGAAUUUGGAAUAUAUCAGAUUUCAUCCAGACACAGACAAAAUUUAUGAUGGUAUUACAGCUUUUCCUGGUCGACCAACAAUAGUUACAAGUAUAAAAUAUAAAAGAAAAUACAAAGGUUAUGAUGGUGGGGACCCAGUUAAUUACCCAGAAAAAGUUAUAGGGAGAGACUGAAUCACAUUGAUACAAGUUCAGCUGUAAUAUUUUCAACAUGUAUAAAAGGGACAAAUAUGGUUGUUACAACUGUGAACAUGUCACACAUUUGUAUCUUUGAUGACUUUUAAAUGUUUGAGUUUCAAUAAUAGUUUUUAUUUAGAUAAAAGUUAAGACAAAAUCAUAUUUCUUAAUUAAAGUUUGUAAUACUGUGAAAUCACUAAUAUUUGUUGGGGACUCAUUUUCGUGGAUUUCAUGGUUGAGUCAAUCCAAAAAAUUUAAUCCCAACGAACAAGAAAAAUUCCCAUUCAUUUUAUGUUCAAAAGUUGAAAUCCACAAAUUCAUAUCCCCGCGAAGUUUGACCCACACCAUGGAAUUUUAUGCCCACAAAAUUAAAUGAUUUUACAGUGGCUGAAACAACUGGAAAGUCACCAUAUGACCUUUAUUUGUGUCAAUGUAAUAAUGUUAAACCCAACAAAAAUAGAAAAAUAUAUUUUGCUGAAAUUCAGUAGAAAUUUAGUAGAGCUGGGACGAUUUCAAAAUUUUAAAACCAGUUAAUCAUUUGUAUGAAAUCGAAUCGAACCGGUUAAUCGGCCACCGUAUUUGAAAUGCUGUUUUCUUUCCUGAUGACCGUAUAAAGGUACUUCAUCAGCUGACUUUAUUAUGAACUUACAGUCUGAAAUAUCGUUUGAAGCAGUGUGCUAAUUAAUAAGUCAUAUUUUGGUGUAUUUUAUUUUAGAGAUAUCACGUUAAGCAAAUCCAAGACUAUCAGUUGAUGUGUUUUAGUGGAAAUAUGCUGUGGGUCUAUGUGCUGGUCAAAGAAGUGUAUAUAGAUAAAGUAUUUUUGAUGUUUAUUGUUUGAGAGCGAUUAACGGUUUUGCAAAACUGAAACCGGUUUCACCUAGUAAUCGAAUCGGACCUGAUUAACCGAGUAAUCGUCCCAGUCCUAAAAUUUAACUUUGAAAAAUUGUUACUGGUAUUUACCACCCCUUGUCUGUUUUGGUUGUGCAGGCCAAAACAUAUUGGAAAUAGCUAAAUUUUGAAACUAAAUGCUGUUGAAAUAUCCAGAUAUCUAUUUAAGUAAUAUAAACUUAAAAAUUUUAUUGGAAAGAAACCCUCAGCUUUUUAAAUACAUUCAUAUGGAAGAGGAGUCAUUACAAAAUUUCAUAAAUAUUAAAACCUAAAACCAAAACCAGGCACCUGACUAGAACCAUAAUAGAUAUCUUUUAUAAAUAUUGUUAAGACCUAAAACUAAAACCAGGUGCCUAACUUGAACCAUGAUAUGUUUAUCUUCACUAGAUUGCUUGUUGGUUAUGUAUGCACAUGUAUAUGCCUUAUAACCUAAAGACCCCACUGCAUCUAUGGACAGGUGCCAAGUUUUAUUUGUCACCCAUUUGUAAUCUAAUAAAAGCUUUUCACCUUUGAAAUGACCCAGUUUUUAAUAUUAAUGACAUAAGUUUAUUACUGUAAAAAAAGCAGCAAAAUGAGAAAUAUUUCUGGUGGUUUUGUUCAAGUUGAAGUGAUUGUAUAUCAACUGUAUCUAGUGAAAUUUUGUCAAUAUAUGUUUUGUUGAAAGUCUUUCUUUCAUUAAUAAAAGUUUAUAUGUUU